AUGGCAUCGCCAGCAGAGCAAGCGCAAUUGCUAACUCCGGCCGCUGUUCGCGCCGCGUACAGCUUGAUCCGGCCGUACGUGCACCGGACCCCUCUGUUGACCUGCAAAACCCUCGACACCAUCGCCUCGACCCCGCAGACCCCAGAAGCGCUGGUCGGCACCCCCUUCGAGGGCCAAACGCCCGCAGCCCCACGAUUCCGGUUCUUCUUCAAAUGCGAAAACCUGCAACGUAUUGGCGCCUUUAAGGCCCGCGGCGCCUUCCAUGCUUUGCUGCGGCUACUUGAGGAACGCGGAGAAGAGGAGGUGAAGCGGCGCGGGGUGAUCACGCAUAGCUCCGGAAACCAUGCACAAGCUCUCGCCCUCGCGGCCUCGACGCUCGGCGUCCCGGCCCACAUCGUGAUGCCACGGAUCAGCACGCCGUCGAAGAUUUCCGGGACCCGCUCGCACGGCGCGGAGGUGAUAUUCAGUGGAUCGACCAGUGUUGAGCGGGAGGCUGUGGUUGCAGAGAUCCAGGCCAAGACCAAUGCCAUCCUGGUCCCUCCAUAUGACCACUUCGAUAUCAUUUGCGGGCAGGGCACGACCGCACUGGAGCUGGAGGCGCAGUAUGCCGAGCAGGUUGGCUCUAAGUCCCUCGAUGCGGUUAUCACACCGGUUGGUGGCGGUGGGUUGAAUGCCGGCGUGGCCACUUAUUUCUCAGAUAAGCCCGAGACGAAGGUGUUCGGUGCAGAGCCCAGCUUCGAGGGCGCAGACGAUUGUCGCCGCGGGUUGUUGGCUGGACAUCGUGUGGAAGCUGUUUCAACUCUGACCAUUGGGGACGGGCUUCGUACACCUGUGGGACUACUGAAUUGGGAGGUCAUUUCGGAUAAGAAGAAGGUAGCUGGUGUUUUUGCUGUCACGGAAGAGCAGAUCAAGGCUACAAUGCGCUUGGUGCUAGAGCGCAUGAAAGUAUUCGUCGAGCCAAGUGCAGUUGUUGGGUUAGCCGUAUGUCUCUUCGAUGAAGAGCUCCGGCGGCUUGUUGAACAAGAGGGCGGCGAGAGUGGAUGGGACGUCGCCAUCGUCUUUAGCGGUGGGAACACCACUGUGGAGGCGAUUGCGAAGUUAUUCGGUUAG